AUGCUCUCUUCUAUGCUCUCUUCUAUGCUUUCUUCUAUGCUCUCUUCUAUGCUCUCUUCUAUGCUAUCUUCUAUGCUCUCUUCUAUGCUCUCUUCUAUGCUCUCUUCUAUGCUAUUCUUCUAUGCUCUCUUCUAUGCUCUCUUCUAUGCUUUCUUCUAUGCUCUCUUCUAUGCUCUCUUCUAUGCUAUCUUCUAUGCUAUUUUCUAUGCUCUCUUCUAUGCUCUCUUCUAUGCUAUCUUCUAUGCUAUCUUCUAUGCUCUCUUCUAUGCUAUCUUCUAUGCUAUCUUCAAUGCUCUCUUUUAUUCUAUUUUCUAUUAUUUUUUCUAUGCUCUCUUCUAUGCUCUCUUUAAUGCUAUCUUCUAUGCUCUCUUCUGUGCUCUCUUCUAUGCUCUCUUUCAUUCUAUUUUCUAUUAUCUCUUCUAUGCUCUCUUCUAUGCUCUCUUCUAUGCUAUCUUCUAUGCUCUAUUCUAUGCUCUCUUCUAUGCUAUCUUCUAUGCUAUAUUCAAUGCUCUCUUUUAUUCUAUUUUCUAUUAUCUUUUCUAUGCUCUCUUCUAUGGUCUCUUCUAUGCUAAUUUCUAUUAUCUUUUCUAUGCUUUCUUCUAUGAUCUCUUCUAUGCUCUCAAUUUUAUUCUCUCUUCUAUGCUCUCUUCUAUGCUCUAUUCUAUGCAUUUCUUCUUUGCUCUCUUCUAUGUUAUCUUCUAUACUCUCUUCUAUGCUUUCUUCUAUGCUCUCUUCUAUGCUAUCUUCUAUGCUCUCUUCUAUGCUCUCUUCUAUGGUCUCUUCUAUGCUAAUUUCUAUUAUCUUUUCUAUGCUCUCUUCUAUGCUCUUUUCUAUGCACUCUUCUAUGAUGCUCUCUUCUAUGCUCUCUUCUAUGCUCUCUUCUAUGCCCCUUUUCUAUACUCUCUUCUAUGCUUUCUUCCAUGCUAUCUUCUAUACUCUCUUUUAUGCUCUCUUCAAUGCUCUGUUCUAUGCUCUGUUCUAUGCUCUGAUAUGUCAAAAAGUCAAACCCUUCUCAGCCAGGCCAGUCUAAUAAUAUUGAACUUUUCAAAAAUCUUUCGAUUUCCUAUAAUCACAGCCUUACAGGGAAAUAUCUCAUACUGGGAUUUCAGGACGGUUUGCACCCAUUGCAUUCUUGCAAUAAUUUUACAUCUUUAA